UACAUUUACAGCUCGCCGACAAUCCCCCUAAAUGAAGCGUUUGUACCUGCUGUUUGUGUUGGUGGCGGGGCUCAGCACCUUCAUUCCGCGAAACGAAUGCAAAGCUAUGGCCAGUGUCAAGAAUGAGCGAGCUGGAUAUAGACUAACGGAACGGCAGCGACCCAUUCUACCGAUCCUCAUGCGACUGGGAGAAGAAUACUUCAUCAGGUUGGAUGACCCAAAGCAGAGUACGCGCUCUUCUGAACAAAGCUCUCUGCCACGAGGGACCACCGUUAACCGCGCGCUCCAGCUGCAGCUCACACAGAGGCUGUUACAGGAAGAGGUCAAUGAACUUGGUAACGUUUUACCGGACAACUUCAUCCAGCUGCCGGACUCGGAGGAGAGGAAGCGUCGGGGCGACGAACCACCAAUCUCCCUGGAUCUGACAUUUCACCUGUUGCGCGAAGUGCUGGAGAUGGCGCGGGCUGAACAAUUAGCUCAACAGGCAAGCAACAACCGAAAAAUGAUGGAGUUUUUUGGAAAGUAAAAGUUACAUGUUAUUUCUAAAUGAUAAUGUCCAUCCUAAU